AUGACAAUUGGUUUAAAAGCUUAUAUGAUUGCUACUAUUGUAGCACAAACCAACAACGUUGGAGUAUCAGGCCUUAUAAACGUGUGGAGUCCUGUAGUUUUACAAAAUCAACUCUCAGACACCUCUGUUUUUGUUGCAAGUGAUGAUGGUGACGUUAGCAACGCUAUUCAAGCAGGCUGGGCGAGGGAUACAGGGAAGACCACAGGGUGUUUCAAUGCAUUGUGUCCAGGAUUUGUACAAGUUAGUCAAAGCGUUGCUCUUGGCCAAGUUAUAGAUCCUAUAUCAACUUAUUGGGGUCAUCAAGCUUUUACAAAUACUACCAUUCAACAGGACCAAGUUACAAAAAACUGGUGGCUUACCUUUGGAACCGAGCAUAUAGGAUAUUUUCCGAAAGAGCUGUUUAGUACCUUAGCGAAUGGUGCAACAAGAGCUGGAUGGGGAGGAGAAGUUUACACCCCAACGACGGCAAUCUCUCCGGCGAUGGGAAGUGGUAAUUUCCCAGAAGACGGAUAUUCAAAAGCUUGCCUUAUAUCAAAGAUGCAAGUGAUAGGUCCACAAUAUUUUCCUAAUGGAACAGACCUCAGACAGACUAUAACUAAAGCAGAUUGUUACAGAGCUAUUUACGGUGGAAAUGUUGGAGGUGACUUUGAUAAUCAUAUGUUUGUUGGCGGACCUGCUAAUUUUGUUGAUUUGAAACUAAAUGGAGAAAAUUCAGUUGAUUUUGUUGGUUUUGCUACUAUCUGGCAUGAAUUUGGUACAAUCAUAGAAGCAACAUUAUUAUUUCAAGAAGAGAAUUCUAUGGUAAAAAACCGACUUGAGCUUAUCAACAAGCCAGCCAUUAAGAGUUUCCGGUUAUGUAUUUCUUUUGCCAUCAACCAGACGAAGCAUGGUGACAUUCUGGAUUGCGUGGAGAUAAACAAGCAAUUUGCAUUUGACAAUCCAUUACUACACAAUCACUCAAUUCAGAUGAAACCUAAUUUCAAGGUCUCCAAGCAAACUACAUCAACUAUUGGCUCUUAUACAAUAUUAACGCCUUCACAACUUCUAACGAAAAGCACAAGAUGUCCUAGAGGAACAAUUGCAACUGUUGUAGCAUCAACCAACAGCAUAGGAGUAUCUGGCCAUAUAAACGUGUGGAGUCCAGUAGUUUUAGAAAAUCAACUUUCAGAUACUUCUGUUUUUGUUGCAAGUUAUGAUGGUGCCGUUAGUAACGCGAUUCAAGCAGGUUGGAUGGUAAAUUUAGAUUUAAAACAGAACUCUUCUCGAUUUUACGCCUACUGGACCAAGGAUACUGGGAAGACUACAGGGUGUUACAAUGCAUUGUGUCCAGGAUUUGUACAAGUUAGUCAAAGCAUUAGUCUUGGCCAAGUUAUAGAUCCUAUAUCAACUUAUUCCGGUCAACAGUAUUUUAUACCCACCACCAUUCAACAGGACCAAGAUACAAAAAACUGGUGGCUUUCCUUUGGAGCCGAGUGUGUUGGAUAUUUUCCGAAGGGGCAACAAGAGUUGGUUGGGGAGGAGAAGUAAACAGCC